GUUACUCUUUGCCUUUAUGAUGAAUUCUGAUAACACACUGCAUUGGCGUGUUACUCUUUUAAACAACGAUAAUCAUUUUCACAGAUUUCCAGAAUUGUAGAAUCUUUUUUGUUCAAAUAAAUGAUGAUACGGUCAAGAGGCAGACAGAGUAUCUGGUCUAUUCAAGUCCUCCAUUUUUAGACCAAAGCAACACACGCUCCACGUGAUCAAUACAUCGUCUUCUCCACUGAAAUUUCCCUCCCAUUUUCAGUUUCUGAAGAAACCCUAACGUAAAUUGUUGAGAAAUCAUUCCAGAAUUUCUGGAAAGCUUGCUCUCGGGAUUUCUCAAGAUUCUAAACAUGGACUACAAAGAUAGACUUAUUAACCAACAAGUUUCAGCUAUGGAACAAGACGAAGGGCAAAUGCAUCUUCCACUCUCUACCUCUUUAAGUCGAUACUCAGUCCCUUCAUCCAACUAUCACGAUCUUCAAAUGGCAGUCCUAAUAGAGAUGGAGAAGGAAAAAAUCAGAGAGGAGAUUAUCAUUUCGGAGAUUGCGAAAAGGAGGGUCCUUCAAGCUGAGGUGAGUAGGGAGCUCAUGAGGUGGGUCCCGGCUAUUGGCAGCCAUGUUUUGUUCACUGAGUCCUUGAGACUUUUACAUUUGGAAGAAAGAGUGAUUUUCAUGGACGAGGCCAAGAAGGAAAGGCACGAGGGCUUGGGAAUUGAAACGCCUCUUUUUCAUGGAAGGACAGGUGGUUUGAGAAUCCCAGAGGUUAAGCCUGUAUGCAGAGAGGGCAGUGAAGGAAAUAAAAUCAUUCUUCUGGGCAAGCCUGAUGGAAAUGUGUCUGAACUUAAGGGGAAGGAAGUCACAUCAGAUUGUAGUAAUGUCAGAUUUCAAACACUACCAUUUGUAAGUUAUGCGGAUUUGGGAGUUUCUUCAGAGAUUAAGCACGAGAAACAGAAUGUUAAGGGCAAGGUUGAUGAGAAAAAAUCGGGAGUAAAGAGGAAGUCAGUGUCACAAGUGUCAAGUGGCAAAAAGCCUAAAGAGUAUUGGAAUUGUUCUAUUUGUCACAUCAACUGCACCGGGAAACGACCUCUGGACAAUCAUAUUCAGGGAAGAAAACACAAGGUGAAGGAAGCUGCACUUAGAGACAAGAAAGCUGGUAAAAACUUCUGCAUUGGGUUUCCAAGAAAAGUAAAGCUGUGGAUGAAGGUUUGAAUAAUUCUGCUGCAAUUGUCACACAAGUUCAGCCACCUGCCCCUGAUGCUGAAUCUUCCACUAUUAAUCAACGAGGCAUAUGUUGAUGCGGAUAAAAAAAAGUGUCCUUGCUGGAGUGUGUACGGUUCAAGCAGUAACUGAUUUUUGUGGCAUUCAAUAGGGGAGUGAAGAUUGGUCUUUGUGUAUCAUCAAACGAAAGAAGAUGAAUGUUAAUUAAUCCGAAUCUAUAUUCGUAUUCACUUAGGCUCAAAUAUGUAGUUGGUGAAGGUGUUGAACUAUGCUUUAUACACUUUCAUUGUUAUGCCUCUUCAUUUUAGUUGGGUCAAAAACAAAGACAUUCAACUUAUGUAGGCUUCUCUUGUUUUGGAAAUCUAUUUCUCUGUACUGUUCCAUAUCCAUAUUGCCCGAGAGAAAGAUAGCCAAGACAUAAAGUAGUUGACUAGUUGUUUUCUCUGCAUUAGAAACAAGCAAAAAUUAUUCCUUUGUACUCUCGGCUUCGAGAUUUGCAC